AUGUCGGAGAUUUCGAUCAAAAAAGGCCCCAUCACGCUGGCAGGCCUCCUUUUCAAACCUCCCACCCAGGGCAGCAAGAUUCCUGGAUUGGUGAUUGUCCAUCCCGGCGGUGGCGUCAAGGAGCAGACAGCCAAGACAUAUGCAUCGAGAUUGGCCACAGCUGGCUUCACAACCAUCGCCUACGACGCGUCCUACCAAGGAGCCAGUGGCGGGGAACCGCACUUCCUCGAAGACCCGAACGAGCGUGUGAGCGACGUCUACGCAGUGAUCGACUACCUCCAGAACCUGGACUAUGUGGACCCAGAAAAGAUUGGUGUUUUGGGAAUCUGCGCCGGAGGUGGCUAUGCCGUGGCCGCAGCCAAGGGAGACCACCGACUCAAGGCGGUUGCAACCGUCAGCAUGGUAAACAUCGGAGACUCCGCUCGCAAGGGCUGGGAUGGUGACGAUGACCCUUCGAAACAAGUCGCGGUGCUGGAACAAGCAGCUGCCCAGAUUACUGCUGAAGCAAGGGGCGCCGAGCGCGCUGCCGCACCCUAUGUCCCGCCACAGCCUGACGACAAGACCCCGCGAGACAUGCGGGAGGCCAGUGACUACUAUCUCACUCCUCGGGCGCAGCAUUCCCGUGCCGCGAACAAGAUGCUCUAUCUGAGCUUCCCACGGGUGCUCACGUUUGAUGCUUUCCUUCUGGCUGACGUGUUUCUGACUCAGCCAGUUCUUCUGAUUGCAGGGGACAAGGCUGGAUCCUUGUGGCAUACUGAGCGUUUGGAUAAGUUGAUUGGCGGCGCAAAGAAGAAGGUCAUUGUUCCCAACGGAGCGCAUAUGGACUUUUAUGAUAACGAGGCGUAUGUUGAACCCGCUGUAAGGGAGGUUGCCGACUUCAUGAUGCAGUAUCUGGCUUAG